AUGGGGUUGUUGAUAUCAUUUCCCCCCCAUCGUGACCACAUCAUCAUUGAGAUUGUUACUUUGGGGAAAAUAGAUCUUUUGCUUCACAUUUCAAAUGUGCUCAAAAUAAAGGUCCGUAGUGACCCCUGUUAUGCUUCUCAGUUCUUAGCUAUAAAUUUGGGUAUGGCUGGAACGCUUGCAAACCAUGCAUCUUCUGAGAGGGACUAUAUACAAUGCAAUCAACCAUUGGUAUCAUGUCAUCCGUGGUUCUUCUCCGACUUCCAUAAGGGGAUCUUGAGAGAUAAGCCCAAUGAAAGUUUGGAAUCUGUUGAAAGAUUUCAUAAAUACAUUUAUUCGGUCUCAUACUCUGAUCACUCAUGCUUUUAUGAGAUAGAGCAGUUUAUAAAACUUGUCCAGCCACUCAACGUGAUAGGCAUUGUGUUAUCUUCAUCUUGCUAUAAUGGUCCUUUGUACUAUUUCGAUCGCCCUGUGGAGUUAACCAACUAG